AUGCAAUUUGGUGGAAGUCUUCCGAAAGAUGAUAGUCUUCUCCGUGUCUCAGACUUCGCCUAUCCCCGUGUCAUCCAAGCGCUAAAUCCAGUCAGGAAGAAGUUGACGAGCAAUCCAUCUGCCCUAGCAAUCACCGUAAUUGCACCCUGGAUCAGGAAUGGUGUAGGCACGGAAGGCCUGCAAGCUAUGCAAAGCGGCGCAAGAGGCGCGACUGAACCUGAAAAUGUUAUCACGUAUCAAGUCCCUGGCCUUUCACUGACUGUAUACGGCUAG